AUGGCAACCGAAGAAGUUUCCGCCGCUGCCCGGCUUCUUCAGAAGCAUGCUCAGCACCCCCUUCAAGCCACCGUCGAAGAUGCGCCCGAUGAUGAAGCUCAGCCCUCGACCGACGCGGCAGAACCCAGUGACGCUUCCUGGGCUCCUACAAUGUCAGCCAAAGCCGCCGGAAAACAGCCCAGCGCCGCCUCGGCUGGUAUUGACACUCAGUCGCAUGAGGCAUUCCCCGAGCUCGGAGUGCCCAAGACCAACGCACCAAAGACGAACUACGCUCCCAUCUGGGCUGGCGCUAAGGGCAGCGCAAACGGUAACUUGAACGGAACUUCUUGGUCAGCUAAUGGCACCCCCCGUACUAUGACGCCUACGUCUGGAGUGGCCACCCCGACUGGCGUGCCUCCACCAAUGGCCAUUCCUGGUCGGAACGUGGAGACCAUCAUGCUGCCUUCGUCCUCAAUCCUCCCUCGCGCCCAGCUCAAGCGCCCAAUCCCUGAUAUCGUGAAGGAUAUCAACCGGAAGUCUCGGGCAGUCAUUACAAUGGCCAAUGGGCCAGGUGGUCAGCUGAAGUUCGAAGCUUCUGGCCCUCAGGACAAGGCUCAGCAAGCUUUGCGUGAUCUGGUUUCACAGAUUGGUCGCAAGGAAACUGCCACCGUUUCGAUCCCACAGUCUGCAAGGGCUCAUAUCAUUGGUAAACAAGGUGCUACGAUCAAAUCUAUUCAAGAGAAGUCUGGUGCAAGAAUACAAAUGCCUAAGGUCAAUGAAAAUGCUUAUGCGGACGAUGAUGAUGAUGACGCCAUGGUCGACGUCGUUAUUGAAGGAAACACCCACACGGCUGCGUUGGCGCGCCAAUUAAUCGAGAAGAUCGUUGGUGAACGCUCAGCUAAUUCAAGUACAAAGCUGAGGUCUAUUCCUGCCGAGUUUUAUCCCUUUAUUUCCGGCCCGAAUAACAGUCUCACCAAUGCUCUUGAGGCGGAGCAUGGUGUUCAGAUUCGCGUGCCGCCGCAUUUGCCGUGGGCUUCACAGGUGCCGCAAAUGCCAGUAGCUGGACAAAGACCAGCAUUCACCCCUGCUAUGAAUGACAACCACAUCCAACUAGCAGGUGAGCGUGCUGCGGUUCAAGCUGCGAAAGCCGCAAUCGAGCAGAGGGUGCAAGAGCUGCAGAAUCAACUUCACAUGGACCAGGUGGACAUUCGCCAGGGCGCCCACCAGUUUAUCAUCGGAGAGCGGGGAAUUCCAUCAGACGAAUUCUUUGCCGAUACCAACUGUGUAGUGAUUCUACCUAGCGAACCUGGUGUAGAAACCGUAACGAUUGUCGGCUGCCCGGAUGAUGUGGCGAAUGGCCUAGAGAAGGCAAUGGACUUGGCCACGCAGGUUCACACCUCGGUUUUCAACGUCGCGAAGCAUCAUAGCCAUGCUCCUGGCGGAGAAGCCGGUUACACUCGAGAUCUUGCUCGGUAUCUCCGCCAGAGGAAGGAGAUCGAACGACUUGAGCAAUUGUACAAGAUCAAUAUCAACACACCUUACACCAGCGGAAUAAUCAGCCCUUGGGAACUAUACGCUCGGGAAGGAAAGAAUGCGCUCAAGGCUCAGAAAGAAAUGAGCUCCAUCGUCAAUAGUCACCCACCCUCGCGCUUAGCGACCAUCCCAGUUGAUCCUUUCUUCCACUCCUACCUGCGUAGUGACAUUCGGCCCAAAGUACAAGAUUCCUUUGGUGUUCAUAUGGUUAUCCCUGAUAGCUUGGACCCUGAGAUGCCUGUCCUCUUGGUAUAUGAGGGGCCCGAAGUGGGAGAAAAUGCGUAUGAAAUCCCCCAGAAAACACCCACUGCUUCAGAGCUUCGCACUUUCCAACAAGGACUCGGCGACGCCAGAAAACACAUCCUUGAGUUGAUCAAUAAGCAAGAAAAGAUUGAAACAAUCACUCUUGAAGUUCCAGUCAAGUUCCAAGACAAACUGCGCAGAUUCAUUAAGAAGGAACAGGAUACGACAGCUCGUGCUGCUGGUGACAUUCCCGUCCGUGUCAGUGUUAAGGGCACGACUGUGACUAUGCGAGGCCCUGCUUCGAGUGUGAAAUCCCUCGCUGACAAGUCUGCCGCUUUUGUCGAGCAAGAGAAAGAAGACGAGAAAGAGCGCGGGUUUAGCAUGAAGUUUGAAUUUCCACAGAAGUUUGCCAACCAUCUCAUUGGCAAGUCUGGCAGCCAUAUUAAUGAACUACGUGAGAAGUUCGAUGUUGAUAUCCAGGUGCAAAACGGCGAGGUUGAACUCAAAGGACCCAAAGCGAAGGCUGAGAGAGCAAAGGCCCAUAUCACUUCACUUGGUCGGCAAUGGGCUGACGAGACCACCCACACUCUCAAGAUCGAGCCCAAGUUCCACAGAGAACUUAUCGGUGCACAGGGUAGCCAAAUCCUACGACUGCAGACACGAUAUGGUGUUCACAUCAAUUUCCCCAAAACAGCAAAACCUGGACGAGAUGAUGAGUCUAUAGCUGAUGCUGCUAGUGAAGCUGGUAGACCACGUCGACAGCAGGGUCCUGACGAGGUUACCAUCAGAGGUCCCAAGAAGGGAGCCGAUGCGGCUCGAGAUGAAAUAUGGUCUUUGUAUAAAUAUCUCGAAGAACAUGGCUUCAGCGAGACUGUAACAGUGCAACAAAAACAACUACCUUCUUUGAUUGGGUCCGGCGGUGCUGCUAUGGAUGAGCUACGCCAAGCCACAGGAGCAAGAGUCGAUAUACCUAAUGAUAGAAGCGAGAACCCAGAUGCUGCGGUUGAGAUUACUAUUAGAGGUAGCAAGCAGCAAGUUGCCGCUGCUAAGAAAAUCUUGCAGGAAAAGAAGGCGGUCUUUGAUGACACUAUUUCCAAGACUCUCGAGGUGGACCGAAAGUGGCAUAAGAAUUUGAUUGGGCCAGGAGGCUCUACCUUACGUGACAUCGUCAUCAAGUCCGGCGGCCCAGAAGAUCGACGCCUGCAAGCUCGUACCGUCCAGUUCCCUAAACAGGAUGCCGAUGGCAAUGGUAUCAGAAUUGAAGGUAGACGCGAUGUUGUUGACAAGAUCAUUGCUAGCAUUGAAGCCUUCGUGUCCCAGCGAGAGAGCCAAGUCACGGAGACCCUAGACGUUCCAGUUGAGAAACACCGAACUCUCAUCGGACGUGGAGGUGAAACCAAAAGGCAGCUCGAAUCCCAGUUCAGCGUCUCCAUCGACAUCCCUCGGCAAGGCAGUGGCUCGACUGAAGUGAAGCUAGUUGGAUUACCUGCGGACGUUGAGAAAGCCAAGGACCACAUCUCAUCACUGGUUAAGGAACAGCAAGGGGAAACCGUUCAGAUCCCCCGAAAGUAUCAUAACGCUAUUUCAGAGAACGGACAGUUCUUCCGUAGACUUCGUAAUGAUCACAAAGUUACGGUUGACCAUGCAGGCCAGAACCCCCCUGCUAAAUCGAAAGCCCCGAACACCCGAGCAAAUACGGGUGCCCUUCCUUUAAUCACCGACGAUGCAGAAGCUGCUGCUGACGCUCACUCGUGGGUCAUUGUUGACACAACUUCUGCCGAAGACGGCGACAUCCCUUGGGUCCUGAAGGGAAACCAGGACAAUAUUGAAAAGGCCAAGAAGGCUAUAGCUACUGCCCUUGAACAGGCUCAAAGCAACAGCAGUACGGGUUACCUUGUUCUGCCUGACCCAUCUACCUACCGCCUUGUUAUCGGCACUGGAGGCUCCAAGGUCAACGCCAUUCGAAAACAGAGUGGUUGCAAGAUCAAUGUUCCACGUGAUCAGGCCAAAGAUGAAGCGAUCGAGAUCCUUGGUUCUAAGGAAGGCUGCGAAAAAGCAAAGGAUCUUAUCCUUGCUGCCGUUCGGGAAGGACAGCUCAGCCGCAGAGACUAG